AUGGGAGCGUUUUUAGACAAGCCAAAGAUGGAGAAGCAUAAUGCCCAGGGGCAAGGAAAUGGCCUUCGUUAUGGUCUGAGUAGUAUGCAGGGCUGGCGAGUUGAAAUGGAGGAUGCACAUACGGCUGUGAUUGGUUUGCCAAAUGGACUUGAUGGAUGGUCAUUUUUUGCUGUGUAUGACGGGCACGCUGGAUCACAGGUUGCCAAGUACUGCUGUGAGCAUUUAUUAGAUCACAUCACGAGCAACCAGGAUUUUAAAGGGCCAGAUGGGCCACCAUCUGUGGAAAGUGUAAAGAGUGGCAUCAGAACAGGUUUUCUGCAAAUUGAUGAACACAUGAGAGUCAUCUCUGAGAAGAAACAUGGCGCAGACAGAAGUGGCUCAACAGCUGUGGGUGUUAUGAUUUCUCCCCAACAUACAUACUUCAUCAACUGUGGAGACUCGAGAGGUUUACUUUGUAGAAACAGGAAGGUUCACUUCUUCACACAGGAUCACAAACCAAGUAAUCCACUGGAGAAAGAGCGUAUACAGAAUGCAGGUGGCUCUGUAAUGAUUCAGCGUGUGAACGGCUCUCUUGCCGUUUCAAGGGCACUUGGGGACUUUGAUUACAAAUGUGUCCAUGGGAAAGGUCCUACAGAACAGCUGGUCUCACCUGAGCCUGAAGUUUAUGAAAUUGAGAGAUCAGAAGAAGAUGAUCAGUUCAUCAUACUGGCUUGCGAUGGUAUCUGGGAUGUUAUGGGAAAUGAAGAGCUGUGUGACUUUGUAAGAUCCAGACUUGAAGUCACUGAUGACCUUGAGAAAGUUUGCAAUGAGAUAGUUGACACCUGCUUGUACAAGGGAAGUCGAGACAACAUGAGUGUGAUAUUGAUCUGUUUUCCGAAUGCACCAAAGGUAUCACCAGAGGCGGUGAAAAGAGAGGCAGAGUUGGACAAGUACCUGGAAAGCAGAGUAGAAGGUGGAUCAUUUAAAAAAAAAUAA